AUGGUUCGCGUGAUCAUCAAGGGAGGCGUGUGGAAGAACACCGAGGACGAGAUCCUCAAGGCUGCUAUCUCCAAGUACGGCAAGAACCAAUGGGCCCGUAUCUCGUCGCUCCUCGUCAGAAAGACGCCCAAGCAGUGCAAGGCACGCUGGUACGAGUGGCUCGACCCGUCCAUCAAAAAGACGGAAUGGUCCAAGGAGGAAGAUGAGAAACUCCUUCACCUCGCCAAGCUCAUGCCGACGCAAUGGCGCACCAUCGCACCCAUCGUCGGCCGCACGGCCAACCAGUGCCUGGAACGCUAUCAAAAGCUCCUCGACGAGGCGGAGGCCAGAGAGAACCAAGAGGCCGGCGGCUCCUCGCUCGGCCUGACCGGCACGGGAGACAGCGCGCCGAGCGCUGACGACGUACGCAGGCUACGCCCCGGCGAGAUCGACCCGAAUCCAGAGACCAAGCCCGCCCGGCCUGAUCCCAUCGACAUGGACGAAGACGAAAAGGAAAUGUUGUCCGAGGCGCGAGCCCGACUGGCCAACACGCAAGGCAAGAAGGCCAAACGCAAGGCCCGAGAGCGCGCUUUGGAGGAGGCACGGCGGCUCGCCAUGCUGCAAAAGAGAAGAGAGCUCAAGGCCGCUGGCAUUGUCAUGAAGACUAAACCCAAGAAGAAGGGCAUCGACUACAACAUCGACAUUCCUUUCGAGAGGAAGCCGGCGCCUGGAUUCUACGACACCAGCGAAGAGGCCUCGCGGUCGUACAAGGCCCCCGUCGGCCAGACGAUGCGCCAGCUCGAGAACCCACACGCCGCCGAGCAGGAUGCGCAGAAGAAGAAGCGCCAGCGCGAGGCCGGAGAGAAGGGCAAGGAGGCCAAGAGCGGCGCCGCAAGCAAGAAUGAGGACCAGAUCCGGAAGCUCAAGGAGGCCGAGCAAAUCUCCAAGAGGCGGAAGCUCAACCUGCCGGCUGCCCAGGUCGGCGAAGGCGAGCUCGAAGACAUUGUCAAGCUAGGACAGGCCGGCGAGCGUACCCGGUCGCUUGUCGAGGACGGCGCAGCAAACGAAGCGACCGGGGGGCUCUUGGGAGACUACUCGGCGCUGGACCGGGCCAAAAACGUCCGCACCCCGCAAGUCGCCCCCGAAGACUCGACCAUCAUGCGCGAGGCCCGCAACCUCCGCAACAUGUCGUUCGCUCAGACGCCUCUGCUCGGCGACAUGAAUACGCCCUUGCACUCGGUUCCUGAGCCAAUGAGCGCGGGCGAGCGCGCCGGUCCCGUCCAGACGCCCAACCCUCUCCGAACUCCGGCCACUCGCGGCGGAGAACCGGGAAUGACGCCGCUGCGACCAGGCGACAGCCGUGCCACACCACUGCGGACGCCCCUUCGGGACAACCUCGGCCUGAACGCAGACGACGGCGCCAGCGUUGCGAGCCAGACGCCCUACAACGAGAAGCACCAGAGGCUGGCCGCCCGUCACCAGCUGCGAUCUGGCCUGCAGAGCCUUCCGGCGCCCAAGAAUGACUUCGAAAUCGUCGUCGAUGACGACCAGGCACGAGGUGAUGAGGCAGAGGAGCCCGAACAGCCCCUCACUGCCGAGGACGCCGCCGAGCGCGAUGCCCGGCUGGCCCGGCUGGCCGAGCAGGAGCGCCAGAGGGCGCUCGCGCGGCGCAGCCAGGUCGUGCAGCGUGGCCUCCCACGGCCUAAGCACGUUGACCUGACGGACCUCCUUCGGCAGAUGGAUGCAACCUCCCUCUCGUCGAAGCGAGGACCCAGCGUCCAGGCGCUCAUCGGCGAAGAGAUGGCCAGGUUGGUUCACCACGACUCGAUCGAAUACCCGCUGCCCGGCAGCUCGCAGGCCGGAUCCGUGCGCAGCCAGCUCCCCCCGCUGUCGGACGAAGCGCUGCAGCGCGCUCGCGAUCUGAUGCACCACGAGCUCGCCUCAUCGCUCGGCUUCCCCGGCGCUUCGGCAGAGGCGCUCAAGAGGCUCACGGCCGCCGCACUCGAAGACGACGAGGAAACUCGCACGAGGUUCGACGAUGCGCUGAAGAGCAUCGAGGCCCAGACGGCAUGGAGCGCGGACUCGGAAUCGUGGGUGGAGCGGACUGCGCUCGCCCCGGCAGACCUGAUCCGCGGCCAGGCGGCGCUGCUCGAGAUUCGAAGGCAGGAGAUGUCCGAAUCGGCGAUCUUGGCUGCCAAGGGCGAAAAGACGCUGUCCAAGCUACUCGGCGGGUACCAGGCACGAUCCAAGACGUUGGCCGGCAAGAUCCGCGAGAGCUUCGACACGCUGGCCGAGGUCAGCAUCUCGCGCGCCACCUUCCAGCGCAUGUGCGACGAGGAGCGCGGCGCCGUCCUCGAACGACUCGACCGGCUCACGGCCGAAGUGGGACGGCUGGAGCGCCAGGACGGCAUCGCGCAGAGGCGGUACAAGGAUCUCGACGACACGCGCUCCAGGUUGAAAGACGAGUGCGAGGCUCUUCAGGCCGAAAUCGACAUGCGAGCCGCCGAGGCCGUGAAUGACCGCGCCCUCGACGACUAG